AUGAAGGAUGGAGAGUGGGAAUUAGGGGACAGAGGUGAAAAGGAAAGGAUGCUAACAGGGUUCCAGGUUCCUCCCCCUGUCACCAGCACAGGAAAUGUCUUCUCUUUGAGGUUGACCAGUGACUUUGCUGUCUCUGCACACGGCUUCAAACUCAACUAUGAAGAACUUCAUAGUACAUCAUGUGGAAACCCUGGUAUCCCACCCAAAGCAGUGCUAAGUGGUGGCGGCCGUUUUGCUGUGGGAGACCGUGUGCGGUACAGCUGUGUUCCUGGUUAUGUCUUAGACGGCCAUGCCACACUCACCUGCAUUACCAAUGCUGGAAACACAGCCGUUUGGGACUUCCCUGCUCCGAUCUGUCGAGCUGAGGACACAUGUGGGGGCACUGUGAGGGGCGGCAGUGGGGUGGUGACCAGUCCCGGUUACCCCGGCAACUAUGGUAACCAGGCCGACUGUACUUGGAUCCUAUUGGCCGAACCUGGAGACACCAUCUCUGUCAUCUUUACAGACUUCCAGACAGAGGAGAAGUAUGACUACCUGGAAGUUGAGGGAUCUGAACCACCAACCAUUUGGUUGUCUGGCAGUAAUGUCCCCUCUCCCAUCGUUAGCAACAAGAACUGGCUCCGACUGCAUUUUGUGACUGAUGGCAACCACCGUUACCGUGGUUUCAGCGCACAUUAUCAAGUAAAUGAAGGUGGUGUGAGACAGGCGUCUAACUCUUGCCCUGAUCCGGGAGAGCCAGAGAAUGGAAAACGCCAUGGCAGCGAUUACAGCAUUGGCAGUGUGGUGCAGUUCACUUGUGGAGAAGACUAUGUUCUUCAGGGCAGUAAAACGAUCAGCUGCCAGAGAGUAGCUGAAGUCUUUGCUGCCUGGAGUGACCACAGACCGGUCUGUAAAGUGAAGACAUGUGGCAGUAAUCUCCAAGGACCGUCAGGAACCUUUACAUCUCCUAACUUCCCAAUUCAAUAUGAGAGCAACGCACAGUGUGUGUGGAUAAUUACUGCUUCAAAUCCCAAUAAGGUAAUCCAGAUCAACUUUGAAGAGUUUGACCUGGAGAUAGCCUAUGAUACUCUGACAAUAGGAGAUGGAGGGGAAGUGGGAGAUCCUACAACUAUACUACAGGUCCUAUCAGGUAGCUUUGUUCCUGACCUGAUAGUCAGUAUGACCCACCAGAUGUGGCUUCACCUACAGUCAGAUGAGAGUGUCGGAUCUAUAGGAUUUAAGAUCAAUUACAAGGAAAUAGACAAGGAGAGUUGUGGCGACCCUGGAACUCCCCUCUAUGGAAUAAGAGAAGGGGACAGCUUCUUAAAUGGAGGAAUCCUGAGGUUUGAGUGCCAGUUUGGCUUCGAGCUGAUUGGAGAGAAAACUAUCUCCUGCCAAGACAACAAUCAGUGGUCAGCAAAUAUCCCCAUAUGCAUAUUCCCCUGCAUGUCCAACUUCACAGCUCCCUCCGGAACUGUCCUCUCCCCAGAUUACCCAGAAGGCUAUGGGAACAACAUGAACUGUGUCUGGCUCAUCCAAUCAGAUCCAGGCUCCAGAAUCCACUUGGCAUUUAAUGACUUUGACCUCGAAGCACCCUACGAUUCCCUAACUGUGAAAGAUGGAGAGACAAAUGAUGCCACUGUCAUUGGGAGGUUCUCUGGAGCUGAGAGUCCUUCCCAUCUGACGUCCAAUACCAACACACUGAGGCUGGAGUUUCAGGCUGAUCACUCUAUGUCAGGAAGAGGAUUUAAUAUCACAUACAGUACAUUUGGCCAUAAUGAAUGCCCAGACCCUGGCAUUCCCAUCAACGCUCGCCGCUUUGGAGACAGCUUCCAGCUUGGCAGCUCUAUCUCUGUGGUCUGCGAGGAUGGUUUUAUCAAAACCCAAGGAACCGAGACAAUCUCCUGUCAGUUAGAAAAAGGAAAAGUCAUGUGGAGUGGGCCCAUCCCUAAGUGUGAAGCCCCAUGUGGAGGCCACUAUUCAGCCCCGAAUGGAGUGAUUCUUUCUCCUGGGUGGCCUGGUUACUAUAAAGAUUCCCUCAGCUGUGAGUGGGUGAUUGAAUCAGAACCUGGACGCUCCAUUAAAAUCACAUUUGACAGAUUCCAGACAGAGCUGGGUUAUGAUUUUCUGGAGAUCCAUGAUGGGCCAAACCUCCUGUCUCCUCUGGUUGGCUCCUUUAAUGGUACCCAGGUGCCCCAGUUCCUGUUCAGCAGCAGCAACUUUCUUUAUCUGCUGUUUACCACCGAUAACAGCCGAUCAAAUGCUGGCUUCAAAAUAUUAUAUGAAAGUGUUACAGUGGACAGCUACUCAUGCCUAGACCCUGGUAUCCCUGUCAAUGGUAUUCGCUAUGGACAGGAUUUCUCCAUCGGGUCCACUGUAUCAUUUGGUUGUGAUUCUGGCUACAGACUCAGCCAUGAGGAGCCGCUAGUAUGUGAGAAGAACCACUGGUGGAGCCACCCCUUACCUACAUGUGACGCUCUAUGUGGUGGGGAUGUUAGAGGUCCCUGGGGAACCAUCCUUAGUCCUGGCUAUCCAGACAGCUACCCUUCAUCUCUCAACUGUACCUGGACUGUUGAAGUCAGCCACGGGAAAGGAGUCCAGUUUCAGUUCAAUUCUUUUCAUCUGGAGGACCAGCAUGACUACCUCUUGGUUACUGAGAACGGGAGUUUCCUGCAACCACUGGCUCGCCUGACCGGCAAUGAGUUGCCUAGCAACAUCAAUGCUGGUCUCUAUGGCAACUUCAAAGCCCAGCUACGAUUCAUCUCUGACUUUUCCAUUUCAUACGAGGGCUUCAACAUAUCUUUCUCUGAAUAUACGUUGGAGCCUUGUGAGGACCCUGGGAUGCCUCGGUUCGGCAGGAGAAACGGCUACAGUUUUGGCAUUGGAGACACUUUGUCUUUUUCCUGCAAUAUGGGAUACCGCCUAGAGGGGGCGCCGGAGUUAAUCUGCCUGGGAGGAGGGCGGAGAAUGUGGAGCUCGCCUUUACCGAGAUGUGUCGCGGAGUGCGGUUCUUCAGUUAUAAACAAUGAAGGGAUACUUCUCUCUCCGAACUAUCCAAUGAACUACGACAACAAUCACGAGUGCAUCUACAGCAUCCAGGUGCAGGCUGGGAAAGGCAUCAACAUCUCUGCUAGAACCUUUCAUCUUGCCCAAGGGGAUAUACUGAAGAUUUAUGACGGUAAAGACAACACAGCCCACGUGCUUGGAGCAUUCACAGGAUCUUCUAUGUUGGGCCUGACGCUGAUCUCCACUUCAAACCAUCUCUGGCUGGAAUUUUACAGUGAUGCAGAAAGUACAGGAGAAGGAUUCAAACUGGUCUACUCGAGUUUUGAGUUGUCUCAUUGCGAGGACCCAGGUGUGCCUCAGUUCGGCUUCAAGGUCAAUGACCAGGGCCAUUUCUCUGGGAGCAGCAUCACAUACAGAUGUGAGCCUGGAUACACUCUGCAUGGGGCUACCACACUGAAGUGUAUGACAGGCGAAAGGAGAGCCUGGGAUAACCCUCUGCCUUCUUGCAUCGCGGAGUGUGGUGGUCGUUUUAAAGGUGAGUCUUCAGGGAGGAUUCUUUCCCCUGGAUACCCUUUUCCGUACGACAAUAAUCUACGCUGCACCUGGACCAUCGAGGUGGACUCAGGAAACAUUGUGAGUCUUCAGUUCUUGUCCUUCGACACAGAAGCCAGCCACGACAUGCUGAAGGUUUGGGAUGGACCACCUGAGAACGAAAUGUCUUUGUCAGAGCUUAGCGGGUCUCUGCUACCUGAGGGGAUCCACUCCACACUGAACACUGUCACUGUUCAGUUUGAGACAGAUUUUUACAUCAGCAAGUCAGGAUUCGCUAUUCAGUUCUCCAGCUCAGUAGCUACGGCCUGCAGGGACCCAGGUGUACCAAUGAAUGGCAGCCGUAGUGGAGAUGGCCGUGAGCCGGGGGAUUCAGUGUCCUUUCAGUGCGACCCAGGAUACGAGCUCCAGGGGGAUGACAAAAUCACCUGUAUACAAGUGGAUAACAGAUACUACUGGCAGCCCAGCCCGCCUGUCUGCAUAGCUCCAUGUGGAGGAAACCUAACUGGCUCCAAUGGAUUUAUACUGUCUCCUAACUACCCACAUCCCUACCCUCACUCCAAGGACUGUGACUGGCUCAUCGCUGUCAACUCUGACUACGUCCUGUCGCUGGCCUUCAUCAGUUUCAAUAUUGAGCCAAACUACGACUUCCUGUAUAUCUACGAUGGUCCGGAUAGCAACAGUCCUCUGAUUGGUAGCUUCCAGGACAGCAAACUCCCAGAGCGGAUAGAGAGCAGUUCGAAUACCAUGCAUUUAGCAUUCCGCAGUGAUGGGUCUGUUUCUUACACUGGCUUUCACCUGGAAUACAAAGCCAAGUUGAGGGAAUCAUGUUUCGAUCCAGGUGUGGUUCUGAAUGGGACCAGGCUGGGAUCCGAUUAUAAGCUUGGCUCUACAGUCACCUUCUAUUGUGAGGCCGGAUAUGUUUUGCAGGGCUAUUCUACCCUAACCUGCAGUAUGGGGGAUGACGGAAGACCUGGAUGGAACAGGGCAUUACCUAGCUGUCAAGCUCCCUGUGGAAGUCGUUCUAUAGGAUCAGAAGGGACUGUUUUAUCUCCAAACUUCCCCAGAAACUAUACUUCUGGACAGACAUGUGUCUACUCUAUAUCUGUACCUAGAGAGUUUGUCCUCUUUGGUCAGUUUGUGUUGUUCCAGACAUCUCUAAAUGACGUGGUGGAAAUCUACGAUGGACCCACUCAACAAAACACGCUACUGUCUUCUCUCUCUGGGUCCCACUCUGGUGAGUCCCUCCCUCUGAGUUCGGGAAAUCAGAUCACGAUAAAGUUUACCACAGUUGGACCAGAAACUGCUAAGGGUUUUCACUUCGUCUACCAAGCUGUACCAAGGACCAGCUCCACCCAGUGCAGUUCAGUCCCUGAGCCGCGCUUUGGGAAGCGUCUCGGUAAUGACUUUGCAGUUGGCUCCUUGGUGCAGUUCGAGUGCAACCCUGGUUAUGUCCUGCAUGGCUCUACUGCUAUACGGUGCGAGAGUGUUCCAGACAACCUGGCACAAUGGAAUGACACCCUGCCAACAUGCAUAGUUCCCUGUGGGGGGGUGUUGACCUUUCGUCGAGGGACCAUCCUGUCACCUGGAUAUCCAGAGCCCUACGACAACAACCAGAACUGUGUGUGGAAGGUCUCUGUUCCAGAAGGGGCUGGAAUACAGAUACAAGUUGUGAGUUUUGCCACCGAGCAUAACUGGGACUCUUUGGAUUUUUACGAUGGUGCCGACAACCACGCACCAAGACUGGGCAGCUACUCUGGCACCACCAUCCCCCCUCUCCUGAAUAGUACAUCUAACAACCUCUAUCUCAGCUUCAGCUCUGAUAUUAGUGUCUCAGCUGCUGGAUUUCACCUGGAAUAUACAGCCAUUGGUCUGGAGUCAUGUCCAGAGCCCCAGACUCCAAGCUACGGAAUAAGACAAGGAGACAGAUUUAUGGUGGGAGACGUCGUACAGUUUUCAUGUGAACAAGGAUACUCUCUUCAGGGCAAUGCUCAUAUCACCUGCAUGCCUGGACCUGUUAGAAGAUGGAACUACCCUGUACCACUAUGUCUUGCCCAGUGUGGUGGGUCUAUGACAGAUGUAAGUGGAGUGAUUCUAAGUCCCGGUUACCCCGGCAACUACCCCAGUGGAUUAGACUGCACUUGGACAGUCAACUUACCUGUCGGCUUUGGUAUCCAUCUUCAGUUUCUGAACUUCUCCACUGAGGCGAUCCAUGAUUACUUAGAGAUCCGCAGUGGAACCCUGGAGACGGGCUCGGUCAUUGACCGGUUCAGCGGUCCAGUCAUCCCCAAGCCUCUGUUCAGCACCACCCACCAGACCAGCUUCUUCUUCCACAGCGACUAUUCACAAAACAAACCAGGGUUCCACAUCACAUAUCAAGCCUACCAGCUCCAGAGUUGCCCAGAUCCUCGGCCAUUUCGAAACGGCAUUGUGAUUGGCACAGAUUUCAGCGUUGGGAUGACUGUGUCAUUUGAGUGUCUGCCUGGAUAUUCUCUGAUCGGAGAGGCUUCACUCACAUGUUUACAUGGAAUCAGCAGGAACUGGAAUCACCCUCUACCACGGUGUGAAGCUCUCUGUGGUGGCAACAUCACAUCCUUAAAUGGAACCAUUUACUCUCCUGGGCACCCCGAGGAAUACCCCAACUUCCAGGACUGUGUGUGGAGUGUUAGAGUUCCUCCUGGACACGGGAUUUACAUCAAUUUUACUGUACUCAGCACUGAGCCCAUAUAUGACUACAUAACCGUCUGGGAUGGUCCAGAUCAAUCAUCUCCUCAGAUUGGUCAGUUUAGCGGGAACACAGCUUUGGAGUCUGUCUACUCGACCUCCAACAUCAUCCUCAUCAAAUUCCACUCUGACUUCUCUGGAGCCGGCUUUUUUGUCUUAAGCUACCAUGCCUACCAAUUAAGGGUUUGCCAGCCUCCUCCAGAAGUGCCCAAUGCUGUCAUGCUGAUGGAGGAUGGCGAGUUGGAGAUAGGUGACAUCAUCAGGUACAGAUGCCAUCCUGGAUUCUCAUUGGUUGGCAGUGAAAUUCUAACAUGUCGCCUAGGAGAAAGACUACAGAUGGAUGCACCGCCUCCAACAUGCCAAGUCCAAUGUCCUGCCCACGAUGUGCGAUAUGACUCAUCAGGCGUCAUCCUGAGCCCUGGUUGGCCCGAAAGCUACCCUAACCUCCAAAUGUGUUCGUGGAGCGUAACUGUAGAGAAAGGAUACAACGUCACCAUUACUUUUGAAAGUUUCCACACUGAGAGAGAGUUUGACGUGUUGGAGAUUUUUGAUGGUCCAACAGCCAACAGUCCCACUCUGGCGACGCUGAGCGGUGACCUGCCAACACCCUUUAACCUCACAACCUCUGGUCACCAGUUCCUGGUCCGCUGGUCUUCAGACCACGGCACAAACAAGAAAGGCUUCAAAAUUCGCUAUGUUGGUGAGUACCAAACCCUGUACUGCUCAACCCCAGACUCUCCGCUCCACGGCUCCAUCUCCUCUCAAAGCGGCGGCCAUGUUAACAGCGUGGUACGCUGGGCCUGCGACCGGGGUUACCGUCUCAUAGGCAACGCCACAGCAACCUGCCGCCGCUCAUCACUCGGCUACCACGCGUGGGACUCUCCUGUACCUGCGUGUCAAGCUGUCUCAUGUGGGGCACCCAAGGCUCCUAUAAAUGGCGGCGUUUUAACAGCUGACUACUCUGUUGGAACAAGAGUUUCCUAUUUUUGUAACGAUGGGUACAGACUGUCCAGUAAAGAGCUGACGUCAGCCAUCUGUCAGCCUGAUGGAACAUGGAGCAACCACAAUAAGAUACCACGAUGUUCUGUGGUGGUAUGUCCCAGCAUUGGGUCGUUUUCUUUAGAACACGGCCGCUGGAGGAUUGUCAACGGCUCGCACUAUGAAUACAGAACUCGCAUUGUGUUCACCUGUGAUCCAGGAUACUACAGAUUAGGCCCUGCCCACAUUCAGUGCUUACCCAAUGGUGUGUGGAGCUGGAGAAAUGAUAGGCCGCACUGCCAGGUUAUAUCCUGCGGUGAGCUGCCAUCUCCACCCAAUGGGAAGAAGAUUGGUACUCAGACGUCAUUUGGUGCUACAGCCAUCUUCACCUGCGAGCCCGGCUUCAUGCUGGUGGGGUCAGCUGUCAGAGAGUGCCUGUCAUCUGGGCUUUGGAGUGGAACGGAAACACGAUGUUUAGCUGGUCACUGUGGGAUCCCAGAAGGCAUUGUGAAUGGCCAGGUGAUAGGGGAGAACUUUGGUUACCGUGAUACCGUCGUCUAUCAGUGUCUGCCUGGCUUUCGACUAAUAGGCUCAUCAGUUCGAAUAUGUCUCCAAGACAACCAGUGGUCUGGACAGCUGCCCGUCUGUAUAUCGAUAAGCUGUGGCCAUCCAGGAAGUCCCAUAUAUGGUCGUACGGUGGGAAAUGGAUUCAACCUCAACGAUGUGGUCAGCUUUGUUUGUAAUCGGGGUUAUGAAAUGGAGGGGCCCGCACGCGCUCAGUGUCAGGCCAACCGCCAGUGGAGCCACCCGCCCCCAACGUGUAAAGUGGUCAAUUGCUCUGAUCCAGGUAUCCCAGCCAACUCUAUCCGACAGAGUAAAAUAGAGCAUGGGAACUUUACCUUUGGCACCGUGGUUUUCUACGACUGUAACCCAGGGUAUUACCUUUUUGGCUCACCUGUACUGACCUGUCAACCUACUGGACAGUGGGACAAACCCCUACCAGAAUGUAUAGUUGUAGACUGUGGUCAUCCUGGCUCUCCCCCUAACGGUGUGCUGAGUGGAGAUAAGUUUACAUUUGGUUCAACGGCUCGAUACUCCUGUCUGGGCGGAAGACAGCUGAAAGGAGAAUCAUCCCGGACUUGUCAGCUCAAUGGGAUGUGGAGUGCCCCUAUGCCCUUCUGCUCAGGUGACACAGCUGGUUCCUGCGGCGAUCCUGGCAUUCCCUCACAAGGUUCGAGGGAGCAAACGGAUUUCAGGAUCCGUUCCAAGGUUCACUUCAGCUGCUCGGAGGGUUAUGAGCUGAUUGGUUCUUCAGAGAGGAUGUGCUUCCCUAAUGGGACCUGGUCCGGCACACAGCCCUUCUGUAAACCUGUCCAGUGUGGUAACCCUGGCACUCCCAGUAAUGGCAGAGUUUUUCGUUUGGAUGGAACAACAUUUUCUCACUCGGUCAUCUACUCCUGCAUGGAUGGCUACUUGCUCACCGGCGCCACCACCAGGCAGUGUCAGGCCAACGGGACCUGGUCAGGGGCGCAGCCCAACUGCACCAUGAUAAACUGCGGGGAUCCAGGUGUGCCAGCUAACGGCCUUCGCUACGGAGAAGACUUUACGAUUGGUCAGAAUGUCACCUUCCAGUGCCAACCAGGAUACAGAAUGGAGGAGGAUGGAUCAUCUGUGAGGACGUGCACCCAAAAUGGGACAUGGAGUGGGAAUAUGCCUAUAUGUACAGCGGUGACCUGCCCAGCUCCCCCUGCCAUCAGUAAUGGGGUACUGCAGGGCAGUGACUUUGAAUGGGGCAGCAGUGUGAGCUACAGUUGCUCACCUGGAUAUGAGCUCUCAUUCCCAGCUGUCCUGACCUGUGUGGCCAAUGGCACCUGGAGCGGCAUGCUACCACAGUGUUUACCCAAGUUUUGUGGCGACCCAGGCACUCCAGUCGGUGGUUUCAGAGAGGGCCGGAGUUUCAUCUACCAAUCAGAAGUGACCUUCAGUUGUGCUGCACCUCUCAUUCUGGUUGGCACAGCCACCAGACUUUGUGAAAGUGAUGGUACCUGGAGUGGCACACAGCCACGCUGUAUCGAACCGACCAAAACCAGCUGUGAUAACCCAGGAACGCCACGCUAUGGCUCCUUAAACCGAACAUACGGUUUCAAGGUCGGAAGCGUGGUGUCAUUUCAGUGCCAGCCAGGUCAUUUGAUUCAGGGCUCUUCCUCUAGAACUUGCCAGCCCGACCUGACGUGGAGCGGAGCGCAACCUGAGUGCAUACCCCAUGCCUGCAAGCAGCCGGAGAACCCGCUCCAUGUGGACGUGAUGGGGAUGGAUCUGCCCGGUUUUGGCUACACCUUGGUGUACAGCUGUCAGCAUGGCUACUUCCUGGCGGGAGGUUCUGAACACAGAGUCUGCAAGAGUGACGGCACUUGGACAGGAAAGAUGCCUAUAUGUCGAGCUGGAGAGAAGAAGAAACCUGUGAAACCAGCAACAGGAACUCCCAGCCCUAAACUAAAUGUUCCAGAUGACGUCUUCGCUCCUAACUACAUAUGGAAAGGUUCCUAUAAUUACCGUGGGAGGAAGCAGCCUAUGACACUGAGCAUAACAAGCUUCAACUCCACAACAGGGAGAGUCAACGUUUCCCUUAGCAACGGCAACAUGGACCUGCUCCUUUCAGGAGUGUAUAAGGCUUCUGAGGCCCGGCUGUUACUGCUGAUGUACCAGGUGAACUACGUGAACCAGGGAAACCAGCUCAAAGAUUCAGCCAUCUCUCCAGCCAAAAUCAUAGAUGACUCCUGGACCAUGGAUGGAUUUGUGUCAGCAGAGCCUGACGGUUCUAGUUACGUAUUCCAGGGUUUCAUUCAGGGAAAAGACUACGGACAGUUUGGAUUGCAAAGACUGGGUUUGAAUAUGUCAGAGAGUCAGAACUCGCCACCCCCUCAGCUUGGUACCAACAGCAGUUCUGUGGCUAUCGCUAUUCUGGUGCCUUUCUUCGCUCUAAUAUUCACUGGCUUUGGCUUCUAUCUCUACAAACAAAGAACCACACCAAAAACACAGUAUACAGGCUGCUCAGUCCAUGAAAACAACAACGGCCAGGCUGCCUUUGAGAACCCCAUGUACAACACCAAUGCCAAGGCUGUGGAGGGGAAGGCUGUUAGAUUCGAUCCAAAUCUAAAUACUGUCUGCACCAUGGUCUGAGGAUUGAUUAUCUUCACUUGAACUUAAUGACUCAGAUAUCUAAUGGGACCACAAUUGGUAAGAGGCUGUGGAGCUUUGACGCAGACCUCACCAUCGUCAGCGACAUGGUCUAUUCAUUGAUUACAAAAGACCUUCAGUCCCAUUUCAGAAACCUAAUCUCCCCGAGCAGAGGGAAAAGUGUCAACUUGAAACCAAAACCCAGCGUUGGUUCCUUUGACUUACCGCAUUUUGUGUCCACAAAUGAAAUUUAAAGAAAUGUGAACACAGAAUGUCUGCUACCUUUGACGGAUGCAACACAGCCAUUCUGAACUCACAGUGAGAUGUGACAUCAAGUGAAAAAAAAAAAGGAUGUAACCCAACGCAAAACUUUACUGGUUAUUAUCCAUCUCUGACCCCGAAGACUCAGCUGGUCAUGGAUAGUAUAUAAUUUGAUUCUAAACCAGACACAGCCAUUAUACUUCAGCCUCUUAUUUAACCCCGCUUACUGUCUCUAAUACCGGUCGUAAUGAUUAAGCCAUGACCUGCUCGUCGGAUAUCAUGACAUGUCACCGUACCCAAUGCCGAAAUUUUGUAUUUAACACAGAGCUUUGGAGAGAAGGACCCGCUCUCAGCUCUGUGACCGUUGCUUGGAGAGAGGAAGAGCACAUUAUCAGUGCUCUGGCCAUGGUUAUACAUCGUGGAGAUGAACUGCACUAUAAAAAUGGGCUGAUUUAAUUUAUACCACAUUGUCUCCCCAACUGUACUGAACAAAUCCUCAUUGUGAGGAACGCAGGAGCAAAAUGGCCACAGAUGGGAAAGUGUGACAUGGAGAGGAUGUCACAAAAGACACUGAAGAAGAAAACUGUUUCUGAAAAUCUUGGUUCAAAACUGACAGUUAAAGACACUGUCACCAGCAAACCAUCAGUAAACCAGACUGGCUAGUUGUGAAUAGCAGCCUAUUUCUCAAAUGACCACGGACUACAAAACCCUAACAACCAGGCAGGACAGCCUCCUGUCUCCAUGACAACCAGAGAGGCUGGUAUUACUAGUCUCUUGUCUUUUUCUAUUAAAACAGAAUCUAAAAUGGCUAAUGCUAGCAGACAGUAGCAAAAGUUGCUUUGAAAGGAGACUAACUCCGAAGCAAAGGAUAAGGGCAGCCCUGGAGAUGGAGCUAUAAUCCUAACUGAACUGGGAUUAGAAGCAAAACUAAAAGCAGUCUAAAGGGGAGCCUGCACUAACAGAACAAAUGAGAAGAGACUGACUCAUCUAAUGGAUAAACUGCUCUUCCCCAUGCAAUGGAUAAGAGAGGAGGCCGAGGAGACGGAGACUACUCUUAACUGAACUGGAAGUAAAGUAAGGUAGUCAUCAAGAGAAAAAAUUUGAUCUUAAAAUCCUACCACAGCCAAUCAGAGUCCGUCUAACCUGAAAUAAACUACUGAGAGAAGUCGGCAUUCUCUCUACAUAAUGAAUCAGAUCAGACAGAAUAUGGCCUUGAGGAAAGAAGUUCCUGAUCCUAUGAGUUUAAAUGGAUUCUGAUGAGAAAGACACCGAAUGGAUACAGAGGACUCUGAUGGACUUACAAAGAAAAAGACUUUGAGAAACAGAGAAAGCUCUGGCACUAAAGCACAUUUUACAGGAACACACUACCCGUCUACCCACUGAGAGAUGGACUAACCCAGGGACAGACAGAGAGGUUAGAGAGAAACUGACAGGAUGAAUGACAAACAGAAAAGAUGACGGGUACACACACUAACAGAAAUUUGGAGAGACAGAGAGCAGACGUGGUAUUAAGACCAACAGUUAGACACAUAAGGAGAUAGACAAGUUCAAGAAAGACAAGCAGGGACUUAAGGCUGUUGCGGACCGCCGUUCGUCGUCUCCACUCCACAGACAGAUUAAGAUUAACAGACAGACAGACAUAGAUAGGCUGUCUGAAAGGAGAAACAGGAAGACAUACAUUGACAGAGAGGCUAAAAGAAAGACAAACAGGGUGGCAGCCCUACGAUUGUGGACUCAGUUCCACUGUAAUUCUGCACUCUGCGAGUGCUUAUCUUCUUUCUUUGUUAUUGCUGCAGAAUCUUCUGAUCUGUAAAUCUAUUGCAUAUAUAUUCGGGAGCAUUCACCACCUAUAUUUUUGUGCUAUAUAUUUACCACAGGGGAGGGGCUGAAGGGGAAAGAUGGAUUAUAGCGAAGAGUUUUUAGAAAAAAAUAAUAAUAUCAGAAUUAAAUAUAUUAAAACUAUGUGCUGUUCACAGAAGUCACAAACUGUAUUUUGGUUCCUUUGUAACAUGAAAUUGGUUUAUUUUGUGUAAUGUGAAGUUCCUUUUACCAUCACUGUCUUUCCCACUGAGGCAAUCACGAGUGUCAGUGGUAUUGUUGUUGUCAUUGUUGUUGAGAUGCAAGGUUUGCCCACAGUAGUCAUGCUCUUUAAAGUUAAUGUUUCAUCGAUUAUUCAUCACAGAUGGCAGUUUCUAAAGCAUUUAUAGAUGGGGUUUUUGCUAUGGCUGCCAAUUUUCCCCCCUUUUGCUAGACCGUUGCGAGCCCUCCAUAAUGGUCACCGUUUUGACACAGAUAAUAUUUGAUCACCUGGAAUAAUGGCACUGUUUUCGAACCUAACUGGUGAUUCGAUGCCACAGAGAUUUGCACAUUAAAACGCUGAAAUAAUGUUUUUGAGCUACAGUCCAGAGAUGUCGGCAAUGUUGUCAGGGCAACACAGAAAUCCCAGCCCUCACUGGAACCCACUUGUUUGAUUGCACGUGGCCAAACCUUUCUCUGGGUCUGACUCUGGUUAAAGGUAAUGUUUCCUUUGUCUCUGGCAAGAUAAAAGAAGAAACACAAUCAUGGUAAAAAUUAAUCUUAACAAUAAUAAUUCAUAAUGUUGAUAAUUGCUGAUGAACUGCCCAACAUGUAGCUUGUGGAUAGAAAAUGUUUGUUGUACCUGAAAUGCCAGUUCAUGUUUGCAUUUCUUCGUCACACAUUAUGGGAUUUUGGAAAAGUGGCUUUUAGGAUAUUUUCAAUGGAUUUGUUUGUGAAAAGUUACUAAAAAUUAUGAUCUAAUUUAGUUGCAAAAUAUACCCAUUUAAACCUUGUUUAUUCAUCAGAUCUGUAAAUCUUAAAUGGUCAUUACCACAAGUUCACCUCCAGGUCUUAGUUCAGAAGUUCCUCCCUGUGUUAAAGUUGUGUUUGGUCUCAAAUUAAUAUUGAAAUGUCUAAGAUCACAUGAAUUCUGUUUUAAGGUUCUUUUAAAACUUAAUUUGCCCUUAUACUGAAAUCCACAUCAAUCAUUAAUUGGUGCACACUUUAUAAAAAAAGAAUUUGUACUACCUUUGGCACUUCCUAAGUAUUGCACACUAGAUUUGAAUUACGCUUUUAAAUUGUGUACAUUGCAUUUCACUAGCUAAAGUGAGAGAGUGACUUAUUUCAGAAACGCUGAAGCGUUCAGAUGAACUGACCAUUUGGGAGAAGAUGUUUGAUUUCAAGUUAACAUUUUAGUAAAUUCAAACACAGAACCAAGGCCACUGAGAUUCCCACUUGCUUUUGUUUCAUAAAAAUAUAGCCUUAUAAUCUCAGCUCAAUGGUCCUUGGCUGGUAGCUAUUUUUCAGAUCUGAUCUGCCACCUAUUCGAUUCAGUUCCGUACAGCUGGCAACCUUCACUGUCUCUAGCCCCUGUAAGACACUGGAGGCUGUUGUUGCACGCCAUUGGCCUUUCUGAUGGUUUCAUCUGCCAUCAAUGAACUACUGCUAAAACAAAAGAAGAUGUUUGAUUUUUGUGUGAAACCAUGCAUAACAUCCAUAUAGUAGUGUCAUAUUGUAAGGGCCUGAAAAUGCACCAUAUACUUGUACCUAUAUUAACUGGUCCCCACACGACAGGAAUAGACGUAUCAAUGAGCACGACUCACUGUUUUUCAGCUUUGAUGCAUUUUUUUCAAAGUCCUUGUUUUCUUUUAAAGCGUCUGGUUUAAAGGUUUAAAGCUGAACUUAGUGAGUUUGGGUCCCACACAUGAUGAAUACCCGUUGUUUUUAAUGAGUCUGGGUGUCAGGGUGGGCGAAAACAUCUACUUUGUUUUAAGAACCCCUGCUGUCGUCACCACAGGCACCGACUGCAACCAGCUGACAGAAAACUCCUUUUAAAGUCAUUAUUGAUUUAAAAGCAAUGGUAGCUGCGGCUUCCUUGUUUAUCAAUGCUGCGACUGUCCCGCACUGCAUCGCUAUGGUAACAUUGUUUCUUAUUACAGUUUGGAUUGAUUGUUGCUGCUGCUGUUGUUGUCGUUGUUGCUGUUGUUGUGUUGUUUUUUUUCGGUAUGGAUCUGACACAGUGCCUACCAAAAACCAUGGGACCCUCCCUGUCAUCUACACACACACAUAUAUGCUUUUUCAAACACAUACACGUGUGUACACACACACACACACACACACACACACACACAAACACACACACACACACACGUCCUCCCCUUCAUCAGAUGUCAUUUUUUUCUAAGCUUCAGUCUAUUUUGCCACAAGCUUUUCCUACUGACUGACCGCAAUAAGACCCAUGUGAUUUGAAAGACUUAAAGCUGUUCCUGCCUGGGGACAUUGGAAAUAUUCACCAUUUGAAAAAAAACAAAAAUAUAUAGAAUAAAAAAGUGUUUUGUACAGAAAUAUAUUUUUUAUGAUGAAAUUAUUUGUAACAUGUAUGAAUCUAUUAUGUAAAUUUUCAAUGCAAUGUAAGAUUAAAAAAAGGCUAAUUGCUUUUGUAAAAAAAAAAAAA